GGUCUACUUUUCCCGCGUGAGUAAGGAAUGGCACUGUGUGGCUUUUUUAAAAACAGAGAACGGAAAUUUCUGUAACGCCUACAGAAAAGCCUGGACGGAAAAGCUAGAGACCGUCAACGACUAAAAGGCAGAAUACGAAACCUAAUCUUUCACCGUUGAAAAUUUCUUCAUCCGACGGAUGACAUAACCUAAACCCAGAACUUUCCAGAUAACUAGUGCUUCUUUAUGAAUCCCCCCGCUCUCUCUUGCUUUUCAGUGUCAUCAAAUCAGAAAAAAAAAAAUUCUGAGCGCACAAAUUAUUUUUUUUUCUCAGCGUUUUACUAUCUGACAAGGUUUUCUGAAUUUCUGUGAAAUUUUUUGUUUGUUGAGAAAGAAUUAAUGGCUGGAAAAGGUAAGGGUCCGGCAAUUGGAAUCGACUUGGGGACGACGUACUCGUGCGUCGGUGUUUGGCAAAAUGAUCGGGUUGAGAUCAUAGCCAAUGAUCAAGGAAACAGGACGACUCCGUCUUACGUGGCUUUCACCGAUACUGGACGUUUGAUCGGUGAUGCUGCUAAGAAUCAGGUCGCCAUGAAUCCUACCAAUACUGUUUUUGAUGCCAAACGUUUAAUUGGUAGGCGAUUCAGCGAUGUAUCUGUGCAAACCGACAUGAAAUUAUGGCCGUUCAAGGUAAUAGCUGGCCCUGGCGACAAGCCCAUGAUUGUAGUCAACUACAAAGGCGAGGAGAAGCAAUUUGCUGCGGAAGAGAUCUGCUCAAUGGUUCUCACUAAAAUGAGGGAGAUUGCAGAGGCUUAUCUUGGCGCACCUAUCAAGAAUGCCGUUCUCACUGUGCCCACUUACUCUAACGAUUCACAGCGUCAAGCAACAAAGGAUGCUGGUGUUAUUGCUGGCCUCAACGUGAUGCGUACCAUCAAUGAGUCCACUGCUGCUGCCAUUGCUUAUGGGCUUGACAAGAAAGCCACUAAUAGUGGUGAAAAGAAUGUGUUGAUUUUCGACCUUGGUGGUGGCACAUUUGAUGUCUCUCUCCUCACCAUCGAAAAGGGUAUCUUCCAAGUGAAGGCUACAGCUGGUGAUUCUCAUUUAGGUGGUGAAGAUUUUGAUAACAGGAUGGUGAACCAUUUCGUUCAGGAGUUCAAGAGAAAGAACAAGCAGGAUAUUAGCAGGAAUCCUAGAGCAUUGAGGAGGUUGAGGACUGCUUGUGAAAGGGCCAAGAGGACUCUCUCAUCCACAGCUCAAACUACCAUUGAAAUUGAUUCUUUAUAUGGGGGUAUUGAUUUCUACUUUACCAUUACUCGGGCCAAAUUCGAGGAGCUUAAUAUGGAUCUGUUCAAGAAGUGUAUGGAGCCUGUGGAGAAGUGUUUGAAGGAUGCUAAGAUGGACAAAAGCAAUGUGCAUGAUGUGGUCCUAGUUGGGGGAUCUAUUAGGAUUCCUAAGGUUCAGCAAUUGUUGCAGAACUUUUUCAAUGGGAAGGAACUUUGCAAGAGCGUUAACCCUGAUGAGGCGGUUGUAUAUGGUGCCUCUGUUCUUGCCGCAAUCCUCAGUCGUGAGGGUAAUGAGAAGGUGCAAGACCUUCUGUUGUUGGAUGUCACUCCGUUGUCUCUUGGUUUGGAAAGUGCAGGAGGAGUAAUGACCGUGUUGAUUCCUAAAAACACUACCAUCCCCACAAAGAAGGAGCAUGUGUUUUCUACACGCGUAGAUAGUCAACCCAGUGUGCUGAUUCAGGUAUACGAAGGUGAAAGACCCUUGACUAGGUAUAACAACUUGCUUGGUAAAUUUGAGCUCUCUGGAAUUCCUCUUGCUCCUAAGGGAGUUCCACGAAUCAAUAUCCGUUUUGACAUUGAUGCCGAUGGCAUCUUGAAUGUCUUUGCCGAGGACAUAAACACCGGACGGAAAAAUGAAAUUUCAAUCACCAACGACAAUGGCAGGGUCUCCAAGGAGGAGAUUGAGAAAAUGGUACAAAAAGCAGCAAAGUACAAAGUCGAGGACGAGGAGUUUAAGUGGAAGGUUGAGGCUAAGAAUGCUCUGGAAAACUACGCUUACAACAUGAGGAACACAAUCAGAGAUGAAAAGAUUGGUUCAAAACUCCCUGUGAUUGAUAAGAAGAAGAUUGAAGAUGCAGUUGAGCAAACCAUCCAAUGGCUCGAUGACAACCAACUUGUAAAGGUGGAUGAGUUUGAGUACAAGCUCACGGAGUUGGAGAGUAUUUGUAACCCAAUUAUUGCCAAAAUGUACCGAGGUGGAGUUGGUGAUGCUGUUGGAAGUGCUCUGGAUUGGUGGAGCAAAAGACGUAAAGAAAACCUUUGCUCCCGUUGCAUUAAUUUUAAAGACAAUGUCAUAACUUCCUUCACAGGCUUCACAGCCCUCCUGGAAAGUUUCUGCCAAGAAGUUGUAGGACAAGCUCAAGGAGUUAACGGGCAUCUGCCAAAGGUGGAUGAGUUUGAGGGCAAGCUUAAGGAGUUGGAGGGCAUCUGCAAGCCAAUUAUUGCCAAAAUGUCCCAAGGUGGUGCUGGUGAUGUUGCCAUGGAUGAUGAUGGUUUUGCUGCUGGUAGUGGAAGUGUCAUGGACUAGUGGAGCAGAAGAUUUAAAGAAAACAUUUGCUAUCGUUACAUUAAUUUUAAAGACAACGUUGUAGCUUCCUUCACGGCUCUUUUGGAAAAUUUCUGCCAAUCCACACUGUUUUAGGUAAUAAGCAUGGUUUUGUGGAUUAAUUUAGCUUUGUUUUCUCAGUAUAAAAAGGUUCAUCUUUCUUUGAUAGAAAAAAGUCUUCAAAAAAAGUCCUCACUAGUCAUUUUCUAAAUGUACUGAGGAACUGAAAAAUUGAGUAAAUUUUCCUCCACCGACUCUCACAUCACUUUGUGAGUUGGUUGUUUGGAUUUUUCCA